CAAGGGAGGUAACUCUGGGAACAUCUCUAGUUGAACUUUGACCACAUCUGUCCGGAAGACUGCAAAAGCAACAAGACUGUUGCUGACUGAGUACGUUUACAGGACGUCGUGCUGUGGGAUGCACUGUACACGACACUUGUGUCACGCUGCCAAGAUGGCUUUCCAGACACCUCCAGAAGUGAUUUUCAGAAAUGUUCUCAGACACCACAAGACAGUGACAGCAAGCCGGACUGCUUCAAGUGGAAGUGGACUGCCCAGUCACUACCAGGCUGCAGUACUGAAGGAUCUGGGACAACCGAUGGUGGUGCAAAUGCUGCCUAUGCCCACAAACAUCAAGAAAGAUCAGAUACUGGUGGAGGUUGAAGCGGCAGCAGUCAACUUUGCGGACAUUUUGAAGGCAGCUGGACAAUAUCAGGUGAAGGCCACAGUGCCCUAUGUCCCAGGUGUGGAGCUGUGUGGUCAUGUAAGAGCAGUUGGCGAAGGUGUGAAAAACUUCCACACAGGACAGAAGGUGGUGGGUCUGGCUUCCAAGGUAGAUGGAGCCUUCGCUGAAUACUGCCUGCUGAAUACACAGAGUGUUCUCCCAGUGCCUGAAGCCAUGUCUGCUGUAACAGCCGCCUCCAUGGUUAUUUCCUAUGGAACUUCCAUGAUGGCUUUGACCCUCACGGCCAAGGUCAAGGCUGGUGAGACGGUGUUGGUAACGGCAGCAGCAGGGGCAACAGGGAUGGCUGCCGUGGAUAUUGCAGCUCAUGUCCUGGGUACAGAGGUGAUUGCAGUUUGUGGAGGAGCUGAGAAGUGUGCUCUGGCCAGGGAAAGAGGGGCUCACCACACAAUAGACUACAACAGUGAGAAUUUGCGAGAGAAAGUCAAAGAAAUCACAAAAGGUCGAGGAGUUAAUGUUGUUUUGGAUCAGGUUGGGGGAGAUAUCUUUCUGCAAUGUCUAAAAAGUAUUGCAGAGGAAGGUCGACUGGUGACUGUUGGUUAUGCAUCAGGGAAAAUCCCAUCAAUACCUGCUAACCUGCUGCUGCUCAAGUCCUGCUCCGUCCACGGUGUGUUUUGGGGGAACACUGCUGUCACCAACCCUCCAGCUUUCUCUAAGUCAAUACAGGACACAAUGACAGCACUUCAGCAAGGAAAAAUAAAACCUUACUGUGGACAAACAUUUCCUCUAAAUCAGGUAAAUGAAGCAUUUGACCUGGUGAAAUCAAGAAAGUCAACAGGAAAAGUGAUUAUUACUCCCAGUCUUAACGCUUGAAACUAUUUCAUUGAAUAAAAGAUAAUAUAUUACUUAUGUAUAGUAUAUAACUUUCAUUCUUUGGAUCUUAAAUAGUCAGAUUAGGUACCAAGGGAAUUUUGCAUGGAAAACUUUGGACAGCAUUCUGUACAAAACCAAAAUAUAAAUUUUAUGCCAGUAGGCUAAAUCUUAUGUAACAAGUAAUAACAAAGCUUAUAAAAGUUUCCUAAAGGUUUGAGGAAACCACUGUAAUGCCAGUUCAAGCUACCAUGUAUAUAGUUUAAUUGAUGAUGAUAUAGACCUGUCAGUUUGCAUAUCCCAACCCAUGCAAUGUCCUCUCUUGGUGGUACCAGACUUGUAUUAAACAGUAAAACUAUUGGAACAUUUAUUAGACCCUGACAUGAAUAUGUCAUGAACACAUGUAAGAGAAUAUCUGGGGAGUGUGUCUGUGGAUCCAUUCUUAUGUGUGUUUGUAUUGAUUGCUACAUAUAUUGAAAUAAAACACAAACAUGAA